AUGUCCGCUCAGCCCAACGGUAGCAACAACAUGGAGAACCCCGGUCUCAUCGCUAGCCACGCACAAUAUGUCAAGGGCGCUGCUGAGGCGACAAUUGGCUCCGUAACCGGCAACCAAGCCUGGGCAACCUCGGGCGAGCAGGACAAGAACCAAGCCAUCGACGCAAUGAAGGCCGCGAGCGAGAACAGAGAUACCUCUCAGGGAUACGGUGGCGUUGAGCAGGCGGCGGGGAAUUUGGUUGGCUGUGAGGGUAUGCAGAAGGAGGGUGCUGAGAGCAAGAAGCAGUAG